GCAGUAUUAACAAUAAGGUUUUGAUAUAUUGUUUACCCUUGCAGAAAAAAAAAAUCUGGUUUUACUCUCUCCUCCUUUUAAGGAGCAUCACGGAGUCGCAUCAGAUGUGAGGGAUUUAGUGGUUCAAGGACACUUCAGGAGAGCAGCUCAUUGCCAACAGCUUAGACACAGGUCUUCUGGCCAAAAGGGCAAUCUGCCUGCUUACUGUGUCAUCCUCAUGUCCUUGUUAAUUAUAUGGGAAAAUACAAAAACAGUGUAUGAGCUGUUCUUGUUAUUGAAAACAUGGCUGAAGUCAGGAUUUUGGAGCUCAAACUAUAAAAAGAUGAGCAAAAUACUUUGACUUUGUAACACCUUUCAAAGCUUUUAUAACAAUUCUAAUGAAUUUGUCCUGUUUUGCUCCCCUGCCUUACUUUAGGCUUUUUCUUGCCUGUGCUGCCGUAUAUUUUUAGACCAUGAAAAAAAGAGGGUUUAAUGUACUCCACCUCCUUUGAACCAAACUGUCUGAGUACACAGUGAGAGGUGCACAACACAAAUAGAAAUGGACUCACAUAUCGCUCCCUAGUUUGGUCAGAAACUGCUUUUAUCGUCAGUUUAGUUACAGUUAAAUGAGCAACAAUAAAUCAGAACUUCAAUCUAUCUUAAGACAUGGAAACUAAUACCACAAAUAUAAAUAUAAGCUGCAAAGCAGAUUUUUUUUGCUGUAACAAUAUUUAUUGGCAAUAAUAAUGUUUAUAACAACCCUUUUAAGGGUUGCUACAUUUGCAAGGGACAUGCAUUUCUGGAAUCAUACACACAUUUUUCAGUUUGUGCAAAAAUUGGCUAAAUCCCGGAUCCCACCAAACAUCAUAUUCUGGCAUUAACUCUCAUUUGUAGGACUGGAUGGGCUUGAAGAAACAUACAUAUCUGCAAUAUGAUUAAGAGCUAAUGAACAUGCAGGAACAUAACGGUCCUCCACAUGUUCAGACUCCAGUGCAUGUGUUGCUGAUACCAGCACAAACAACACUGAGGAUGAAGGGCAGGCCUCCUGCAGUCCUCUGUGAACAGCGAUUGGUGUGUGCAGUCUGCUCUAGAUUGUCUGGGCAAAAGAGCUGUCGGUCGUAUCAUUCUGCAAACUUUCACUGCAAAUCUGUUAAAGACUACUAACAGUCCAGCUUUUUUGAGGCGUUAGCCUGGAACCCCACACUUUACAGACUUACCCAUUACAGGAAAAUAGUUUGAUGCUAGAAGCUCUAAAGGAGUCAAAAGCAACAGGAAUAUAAUCUGCCAAGCUCUCUGGCACUGGCAGAAAAAAUAUUGGCAAAUUCCUCAUGGGUGAAACCCUCAUUCUUAGUAAGCAGAUGCUGCUUAUCCCACAAAUGCCUGUUUAAUACAAUUGUUUCACCAUAUAAAGGGGUUAUAAGCAGACUUUCCAUCAGAAUAAUCCACAAAAAAGAUUGACUGUACCAAGCACUAGUGCUAAAUUUGCAUUAUCUAAAGCUUUGAUGGUGGAAAAUGCAAAAAUGUUCAUCAAGUUUUGUUGAAGUCAGUAUCAUGGUAUGUUUUUUUUAGUGACAUUAGAAAAGAAAGAUAAAGUUUAGAAAAUCAUUUUCAAAUAAGGGUCACAUAAGGGUGUUCUUAUCUGUUCUUAUCUAUCAUUAAAUAGUAUGUACCGGUAAUAUAUAAUAUGAACCCAAAUUUAAUGUUGAUGAACCCCCCCAACUUUUUCUUCACUUCAUUUCUGGUCUUCAAUUACAAAAUUUACAGUAAUUUGACCAAAAAAUUUAUUAAUAUGUAUUUUUGAUUUUGCGAUGACAUGAAAAAUAUCAGAUUGCAAAAAACUUUUGUAAAAUACUUUAUUUGCAUUUAACGUCAUUAAAAGGCUGAUUGGUUGGCCCUCACACAUUUGCACCUCACCAAAUCUAGACUUCUUUGCAAAAAUAUUGAACCCCCCUGAUCUAAAUACAUAAGGAUGCGUGAAUAAUUUAAAAGCUGAUAUCACAACAAAACGUCGUGUUUAGAAUCAAUUACAUUAAUAAAAGCUGAAAAAAUAUUUUUUAAUUGCAAUAGAAAGGUUUGUAUUCUUAACUAUUUUGUUAACAACAUGCUUCCUAAAGGUAAUAACUGUGUUCAGGCCGCAGCGCUGCAGCAGGAGUCUGAAACCACCCAGAGGGCAGAGAGGGAGGUGACCCGCAUGGUCAUAGUCAUGGUGAUCUCCUUCCUGGUGUGCUGGGUGCCCUAUGCGACUGUGGCGUGGUACAUCUUUGCCAAUCAGGGUACAGAGUUUGGACCUGUGUUCAUGACAGUUCCUGCCUUUUUUGCAAAAAGCGCAGCUUUGUACAACCCGGUCAUCUACAUUCUUCUCAACAGACAGUUCAGAAACUGCAUGAUCACCACAGUGUGCUGUGGAAAAAAUCCGUUUGGAGAGGAUGAUGCCGGCGCUGUCUCCAAAACCCAGACUUCAUCUGUCUCUUCCAGCCAGGUGGCUCCUGCUUGACCCCUCGCUUCUCCUCCAUCAGCUCCAUCUGUCCCGCUCCCGCCCAGGGACCCACCGCCGCCAGGCAGCCAAUGCCUUCAACGGGCCAAUCCUCUUGACUUACCUCUCAAAUUGUCCUCGCUGCAGUUGGCACAACUGCAACCACGGCGGGACCAACUCAGUGAGGAGCCAGCAUUUGCAUUUCCAGUCCAUUUAAUCAUGGAAAGUGUUCAGCUAGUCUCAUCGAGUUUAUUUUAAGGGUUACGGUCCUGAUGAUCGUCCAACUGAACACCUUCCAAGCUCCCCACUUUCCAUGAAGUCACAUAAUAGGUGAAAAUCUAUUUCCUCAAAGCCCAUUAUCUAGUUUUGCCCCCAUCAGCCACUGUUUAAGCAGCUGUUGCAGCUACACAACCUACACACAAGCGCUUUUCAUAGUUUUAUGAGCAUCUAGGUUUCACUAAACUUUUAUUUGUUUAGAUUUUGAAGGUGUGUUUUAUUGCAACGGGUAAU